AUGCGGAGUGCUCUAGGCUGGCUUUUUAUGGUGGCUCUCCCAAUUGAGGCACACCUUCACAAUCGAGCCAAUGAGUGGCAAGCGCCUCAAUCUGGAGACAGUCGUUCACCAUGCCCGAUGCUCAACUCAUUGGCAAACCACGGCUUUCUACCACGAAAUGGACUAAACGUAGAUGCACCAACGCUGCGAAAUGCUCUCCAGUCCAAUAGCUUUGACCCCGACGCCCUUUCCGAUGUCAUAACCCAGGCUUUGAGCACUUCCACGACGGGCAACAGCUCGACUUUUAAUCUCGCCGAUACAGUCAAGCACAAUGUUAUCGAACAUGAUGGGUCAUUAUCCAGAGACGAUUACGCCCACGCCCAAAACGACUUGCACUUUGAUGCGGAAAUCUGGUCACAAGUCGUCUCUCAUUUCACUAGUGAUACCAUUAGUAUAGAGACUGCGGCGAAGGCGAGACUUGACCGCAUCGCCAAUGCACAAUCAACAAACUCGGAGUAUUCGCAGCCCAACGGUGACACGGCAAGUCUGGCCGAGACCGCAUUCUAUCUGAUGCUGCUCGGAGAUCGGGUAGAUGGAAACCCCCCUACUGCGUGGGUCAAGAUCUUUUUCGAGCAAGAAAGACUACCAUUUGCGGAAGGGUUCGUGAACAAGGACCCAGUCAUGACUCUAGACGAAAUUGAGACUAUGAUGAGCAAGAUCUCGGCAGUGCAAUAG